CAAGGUGCUAAAUCUACGCCUAUAAAUAGAUGUGCUCUAGCUUUGGCCAACAACAAAAACAUAGCAUUCCACUCACAACAAAGAGGUAAGUGAGAGCUUUGCUCGAAAACCAUAAAAUCAACCAUGAAGAACACCAAGCUCGUGGCGAUCAUUGUCCUCCAUGCCAUCCGGGUCAUGGGAAUCCUUGUACACGUGAAUGCCGACUACUUCCCCAAGUGUUGCGACAAAUGCAGGUCGUUCUCGGGGGUCGACGUAUGUGACGACGCCCAUCCUCAGUGCCCCAAGGGAUGCUCCGCAUGCCGGGCGAUGCAGACGGGCCGUGUCAAGAUGUUCCGGUGCGCCGACAUGCGCUCCACCAUCAACGACACAUGCGGCCCGCGCUGCAAGAAGAACUGACCGGUUCAAGCUCGAAUCAUGAUAAUCGUUUCUCCAAAAAUAAAGCUCAGAUGGGAUGAGCACUGUCACCGUAUUUUGUGCGUACAUGUGGCCCCACAUUGCACGCCGAUAAUGCAUACAUUGUUGUCAGUCGCCGUCGUUUCAUCAUCGCCAUUGUUCUUGGUUUUAGUUUCCUCUUCAAGAGUAGUCAGUUGUUGCUCGCUUAUCAGGUGCCCGUUGUAUCCUCCGUGAAUAAACACCUGUGUUGAUUGUGUGUCUCCACUUAAAACGCAUUUGUUCGUGUCACGCGAUUUUCUUAGGGACCAGUGUUUAAUGUAUUUCUAUUUUUCUGCCUACUUAGAAUGCUUAUUGUCCUACUAUUUAUCUCUCCUAGAAGUCAAACUUUGUGGCUGCCAAAUUGUUUGUAAAAUGCUAUAGGUAGCUGUACCCUCGUGGUCACAAUGUCUACACAUAUGUGUGUCCCAAUUAAUAAAUUAAUUGGGUCUACAUAAGUGUAUAUAUAUAAGGAAAUACAUGAGAAAUACAACACAAUUUUCCACAUGUACCACCCUUAGGCUUUGUUCGGUUAAUCCCAACCCUAGGUGGAUUGGAGGGGAUUUGCAGGGAUUUUGGCUUGCAGGGGAUUAAUUCCUCCCCAAUCCCCUUUAAAUCCACCUCAA